AAUACUUCAAGUGACUCCACAGACGAUUGCGUCCUUCCGCAGACACAUGGCGUGCUUCUUAUGAUAGUUAAUUCUAUAGCAGCCGUGGUCGGAACCUGUGGAAACAUUAUGGUUUGUAUUGCAGUGCUCACGAGCACUCGUCUUCGUCGCAGCUCUAACUUCCUUCUUCUCAGUCUGGCCAUUGCUGAUUUAGUAGUGACAAUGAUCUGCGAGCCUUUGGUAGCUGUUAUAGUCGCUAAGAGAGCGUUUCUCCAUGAUUGUGCAUCCAGCCUGGAGCUUGCCUACGUUAUCAGCUCAAAUCUCUCGUGCUCUGCAUCAGUCAUGCACCUGGCAGCCAUCAGUGUGGACCGUUUUCUUGCCGUCGUCUUCCCUCUCCAGCACAAACGGAUCAUGAACAGUUACGGUUUGAAGAUCAUGUUAGGAGUUGUCUGGGGCGUAUCUAUCAUUUUCGCUUCAUGCCGCAUUCCCUUCCUCAAGGAGACAUCUUAUCUAGUUCUCGUGAUGUUUGUUGUAAGUUAUGGGUUGAUAAUUAUCUGCUACGCGACCAUCGUGACUUUUCUUGUCAAAGAAAAGCGAAGAAAAAAUGAACUCAGAGCACCACCCACAGUUGUUGUCAAUUCCAAAAUCGAGCGCCGCGUGGCGUUUACACUGGCAAUGGUAAUAGCUAUCUUCACCGCAUGUUGGCUACCGAUGAUUGUCGUGUUCUUUGCUGCAGGUAAAUCCCUUGUUAAGAUGUAUGGGACUGCUUACAUGUGGAUCCGAUCCUUAGCACUUUCAAAUUCAGCCAUGAACUUCAUCAUCUACAGUGCAAGGAUUCGUGACUUUCGGGAUGCUUACGCCCUGAUAUGCCGAAACACUCUCCACUGCAUGUAAUAAUUCAGUUGUUUUAGAGAGUAUUAAGGCUGGGGAUACGAACUAACUGUACAUGUUAUAGUCAAUCGUUAACUUCUGAGUAAAGAUCGGAAAAAGCAAUGAGAAAAUUAACGAUGUAGAAUGAAUCAAGAGGAUGCAACACAUAAACGAUGUGAAUAAGUAAAUUUAAAGGUAAACAGACAACAGAUAUUAAGAGCUUUGAGAGAUCUAGAGACACCGGUUCUAAAUAUAGUAUUUCCUUUUCAGCUAACAUAAAAGUCAAGGAAGCAAUUAACGCAGUGUCCAUAUUAGAAAUUUAGAAACAUCGCCCAAUAUUUUAUGUAAAAAUUAACCCAAUUUGCUACAGCGGAAGUAAAUCGAUAUCGAUUUACUCAAAGACACCAGUAUUUGAGUGUGCGGGGUUUUCAAAGUUUAUAUCACACUGAAAACCAGAAAUGUUACAUAUAAUUUCGCGAUAGGCUGCUUAGCAUUUGAUCAAUGAUUUUUAUUAUAGCUAGUUUGAACAGUAUUGAAUAAUGCAGUGUAAAAAGGGCUAUUUUACCGUAGAGUGUCAAGGAAAAAUAGCGGGGUAUGACGCUCAAUAAAUGUAUUUUAAUUUUUUCGUUUUUUAUUCAAAAGAGACACAAACAUAGACAUGGGCGGCCGUCACCGCCAAAAUUACAGGCAUUGUAAAUGGUUUAUGAUAAACAGAAAUGGUCUAAUUAUCUUUUAAGAGAUUUAUUUAAAGUACAAAUGGACAAGUCGCCUUUGGUGAAAUGUAACGUUCAAACAAUAAAUGAUUUAUACAAUUCAGAAACUGUGUAGCCACCCUUGUUGAACUGAUUCAAUAAAAACGCGCGUGGCCCAGUGUUAACUGAAAUGGUUCAGUGUCGAAAUGACAAAGUCAAGUCUUGAAUGGAUCAGCGUACUGUGACAUUCAUUGCUAUGCCAAACGGUCCAACUAACUGUACUUUGGUUCAGCGACUUGACACAAACGGUUUAGAGUAGUGUGAAAUGGCUUUAGGUAUCGGCAAGCGUGAUUACUAUUAGCUAGUUUCAAAUUGUGCUUUUAAUCUUUUCAGUUUCUUUAUGUGAAAACUGCUGUACUUUAAAUGAAGAAUUCUUACCAUGGUUAAGCCGCAACUAUUAGAAACUUUACAGUCUCAAGAUAAAAUAAGAAUCUAAAACAAAAGGAAUGAUAAAAAUACAGAUAAAAAGCAUCAUUUUACGCGACAGCACAUUGACAGUCUAGACAGUCAGAACCCUAUCUAAGAAACGUGAUAAAGAUAAUUAGGGUAUAAAUUUGUUCGCUAACAAGCUCAAAUAGGCAAACAUUAAAAAAAGAUUCUUACCAGAAUAAGGCUCACUGAGUCUAGUAGACGAGGCUAUGGAAAUAAGAAAUAAUUUCUUCCUUUGUUGAACUUUGAGUGGACGGCGCGGUGAAUACCUCAUUCUGGCGAAUUUCGCGCCAAAUUCGUUCUGAAUGACGUAAGUUGUGACGUAAGACAUGACAUAGACUGUUCGAUUUCAAACUUGACUUAAUUUUUUUGGUGGUUACGGCGUACACCAAUUGCUGUAAAACAAUUGCUGUAAAACACAUUUCGCUUUGCACUAAACUAGUUGUCGUCACGCUAAGCUAUUUGGGCUCACGCUAAACCAUUUCACUUUACGGUAAGCAGAUUGAUGCAGAUUGAUACUAAACCAUUGCUGCUUACGAUUGACUAUUUGCCAAUUCACACUGCUCUGAACCGUUUGUGUCAUGUCACUGAACCAAAGUACCGUUAGUUGGACCGUUUGGCAAAGCAAUGAAUGUCACAACACGCUGAUCCAUUCAAGACUUGACUUUGUCAUUUCGACACUGAACCGUUUUAGCGCUGGACCACUCGUGUUUUUAUUGAAUCAGUUCAUCAGGGGUGGCUACACAUUUUCUGAAUUGUACAAACCAUUUCUUGUUUGAAUAUUCCAUUUGAAGUUUAAAUAAAUCUCUUAAAAGACAAUUAGACCAUUUCUGCUUAUUAUAAACCAUUUAAGAUGCCUGUAAUUUUAGUGGUGACGGCCGCCCAUACACAGAUUAUUGAUCGAAGGUGGCUAUUUCAGGAGAAAAUUGAUAAAAAUGUCAAGCAAGUUACGCUAAAUAUCAGGUCAAAGGUAGUCGAGGCUCUAAAUAAUUGGCGGAAAAAGUAGCGUUGGCAAAUUUUCGGCUACAUUCAGCCCAGAGCGCAUGUCUGUCGAAGAAAUUCUGCACGUUUAACCCCAAAUAUUUCAAUGUCGAUUUCGUUUACUCUCUUUCAUAAAUCUCUCAUGACCAAGGUUAGGCUCUGACGGUUUGGAUCGAUAUUUUACUAUUUUACUAUUGGUACCUCCACAGAUAGUGAAAGGAUAAAGAUAAGUAUUGGAGCAACUUGUAAUUUAAAAAAAAAAACGAAAUGGUUCAGGAACUAAAGUACUAAAUCCUUUUCCGUGUUUCUGUCGAAAUAUCGCUACAACAACUACUACCUUCUUUUAUUUAUAUUGUUUAAUUUAAUUAUUUUUUGGUUAGCUAUUAAGCGGCCACCCAUAGGGAGUAGUAGGGUGACCACUUAUUAUAGGCUGACCAGCAAAUAAAUUGCGUGGUUUUCGUGCAUAAGUAAGUUUAUUCAUAGUUUAUGUCAGCAUUUCCGCUUAAGUGACCGUCCAAUACAGAUGAAAGACAGUACAAACAGGCCGUUGGGUUCAGUCAUGGGUGACCACGACCGUUUAAUAGAGGUGACCGCUUAACUGAGAUGAAAGUUACAGUACUUGAGGGAAAAAUUUUCUUUGAAAACCGACUGCUAGAGAUAGUAAAGUAGAAAUGGUCAGAAAACUUACUUCCUGUAAAACAGAACUAAGAAUAAGUUAUAGUAAUUUAAAACAAAUCAUUCUCAAUAAGAUAAGAAAAAAAACCAUAUAUAUUGAAUUAAAAAACACCUUUGCACUAGCCUUCAGAACAUCUGUGCUCAAAAAAUGGUCAGAAUGUCAUAAAAAGACAUCUAUAUCACCAUUUGGCUUAUUAAUAUCAUUACAUCUUACAAAAGAACUGAGCUGAAACAUCCUGUCUGCAAAGAUAUUGACAUCAACAUUCUUUAAUUCUAAAUUCUAUGUUGUGUUUUCUUACACUCAAGCAAUAAAAAAAUAUUUCUUAGGUCCUACGUAUAAGAAGACAAGUUCAACUGAACAGCUUAAAUCUGUCAGUGAGAUUCUGGUAAAGUUCAAUCUCCUCUUGAUCAUUCCUUGUCGGAUUUCAAGUCAGUGCCACACAAGUUAUCAUAGCUUUCAUUAUCGUGCUGUUGCAGAAAAAAGAUAAAUCGUUGUCAUCUUUGACAAUGAAUUUUUUUUUGUCUUGUCGAGGGAGGACUUGUGUGUGACAUUACCCUGUCACGUGAGCACCGCCUCUGAUUUCUCGACCAAGGUAGAUUUAUGUUAAUAUUAUUUAGAAAUCAAUCGAUUAAAAAAAAUACAGCUUUGACCAGGCUUGAAGUGAAACAACGCUUGAUAUCUUUUUUCCAGAGUUCACAACAACGAAUGAAACUCGCUACCCUUAAACUAUGUUGAUAAGGCAGCCGACUCUGCAAUUGGAAGUGUAAAUUGGCUACCGUAGAGAGUUUCUAAAGCUAACGUUUCAAGCUUUAGGCCUUCGUCAUCGAACCAUUCGCUCUUACGUUGGAUCUUCUCACUCUCAGAAAUGGCCAAAAUGGAACUUUUCCUUGAAUUAUCUUUUCGUUUUCAAGCGGAGAGCCGCUAUGGAGAAGCAUAAUUUUUAGCUUUUACCGGAUAAAGCUCAUUCACUUGAACUAUGUACAAUAAUGGAAAUAUUUAUGUUGUCUAGGAGGCUUAUAAACGUUUUUGGUGACCCAUAACCUUCCAUUCAUGAGGCGAAAAUAUCAAAUUACUCGGCUAGAUCUUCUCACGGAACUCCACUGUCCACUGUCAUUAUGUCAUCCGAUGGAACACCAAACAAAAUGCAAUUGAAAUGGUAGGAACUUCAAAUUUCUUGAUUUGUCUUAAUAUAUCAUCUCGUGUAUUUGAACAAUCAAGAGUACUAGCUCACCCCUGUCCCCCUCCUCCCUUCCCCCUCCUGCCUUCCCUCUCCCCCCACCCCCGCCUACAUCCAACUGAAAAGGUCACUCAUGAUUUUCAAAGUCAAAACAAUAACUUCCUGCCUUUCUUGGAAUACAAAUCAGUGUGUACGUGACGGUCCAUCUACUGGAAGGAUCGUAUAUCAAAUGCAAAAGCGAAACAACUGAAACAAUAUCUGUUAUUCCCUUGUUGCGCGAAGAACAUCUGUAAAUAUCUCGACAGAAUUAGAAGUUCACACAAACAAUUGGGAAUCCCGUCAUAAUUGCUUGGCUCUUAAGAAAGUUAACAGCAGAGGAUUACUCAUCAGCUUUGCUUUGUUUCCAGAAUUAAUCAAUAAUGAACAUACAGAAUAUUUCACUGGAAUACAGCGCGAAUACUUCAAGUGACUCCACAGACGAUUGCGUCCUUCCGCAAACGCAUGGCGUGCUUCUUAUGAUAGUUAAUUCUAUAGCAGCCGUGGUCGGAACCUGUGGAAACAUUAUGGUUUGUAUUGCGGUACUCACGAGCACUCGUCUUCGUCGCAGCUCCAACUUCCUUCUUCUCAGUCUGGCCAUUGCUGAUUUGGUAGUGACGAUGAUCUGCGAGCCUUUGGUAGCUGCUAUAGUCGCUAAGAGAGCGUUUCUCCAUGAUUGUGCAUCCAGCCUGGAGCUUGCUUACGUUAUCAGCUCAAACCUCUCGUGCUCUGCAUCAGUCAUGCACCUGGCAGCCAUCAGUGUGGACCGUUUCCUUGCCGUUGUCUACCCUCUCCGCCACAGACGGAUCAUGAACAGUUACGGUUUGAAGAUCAUGUUAGGAGUUGUCUGGGGCGUAUCUAUCAUUUUCGCUUCAUGCCGCAUUCCCUUCCUCAAGGAGACAUCUUAUCUGGUUCUCGUGUUGUUUGUUGUAAGCUAUGGCUUAAUAAUUAUCUGCUAUGCGACCAUCGUGACUUUUCUUGUCAAAGAAAAGCGAAGAAAAAAUGAACUCAGAGCACGACCCACAGUUGUUGUUAAUUCCAAAAUCGAGCGCCGUGUGGCGUUUACACUAGCAAUAGUAAUAGCUAUCUUCACCGCAUGUUGGCUGCCAAUGAUUGUCGUGUUCUUUUCUGCUGGUAAAUCCCUUGUUAAGAUGUAUGGCACUGCUUACAUGUGGAUUCGAUCCUUAGCACUUUCAAAUUCAGCCAUGAACUUCAUCAUCUACAGUGCAAGGAUUCGUGACUUUCGGGAUGCUUACGCUCUAAUAUGCCGAAAGAUCAUCCACUGCACGUAAUAAUUCAGCCGUUGUAAAGAGUAUCAAGGCUGGGGAUACAAACUAACUGUACAUAUAACAGUCAAUCGUGAAUUUCUAGGGUUAAUAACACACCGAAGAACCAGAAAUGUUAUUACGGUAUUAUUCCGUGAUAGGUCGCUUAGUAUUUGAUAAAUAAUUUUCAUUAUAGUUAGUUUGAACAGCAUUGAGUAACGCAGUGUAGUAAAGCUCUAUUUUACUGUAAAGUGUCAUGGACAAUUAGCAAGGUAUGGUGCUCCAUAAAAUGUAUUUUAAUUUCUUAUUUUAAUUCAAAAUAGAUGCAAAGACAGACAGAUUACUGAUCGAAGGUGGCUAUUUAAGGGGAAAAUUGAUUAAAAUGACAAACAAGUUACGAUAAAUAUCAGGUCAAAGGUAAUCGAGGCUUUAAGUAAUUGGCUUCGCUCUGACGAAGGGCUAACGCUCGAAACGUCAGCUUGUAAACUAUCUACGUUAUCAACUCCUUGAUAAAACCAAAUUGCCCUGUUAUACUCUCCCACCGACGCAGCACCACAGUUUCUUCAGAAACUAACCUCCCUUAGUAAGUUUAUUCAUAGUUUGUGUAAGUAUUUUCGCUCAAGUGACCAUUCAAUACAUGUGAAAGACAGUGUAAACAGGCUGUUGGGUUCAGUCAUGGGUGACCACGACCGCUUACUAGAGAUGACCGCUUAGUAGAGGUGAAAGUUACAGUACUUGAGGGAAAAAGCCAAAAAUUUUCCUUGAAAACCGACCGCUAAAUACAGGGUAAUUGCUUGAUAUAGUGCCGCUAAAUACAGGUUCGAAUAAAGUUCUAAGCUGGAAAUUCUUUGUUUCCCAACCACUUAUCAUCAAAAAUAGACAGAAGGGUGACAAAUAUGCAAACAAAUAAUAUUAAAACUGUGAAUGUAGAGAUGGCCAGAAAACUUACUUCCUGUAAAACAGAACUAAGAAUAAGUUAUAGUAAUUAAAAACAAAACAUUCUCAGUAAGAUAAGGAAAAAACCAUAUAUAUUGAAUUAAAAAACAUCUUUGCACUAGUCUUCAGAAUAUCUGUACUUAAAAGAUGACCAGAGUUCCAUAAAAAACAUCCAUAUCAUCAUUUGGUUUAUUAAUAUCAUUACAUCUUACGAAAGAACUGAGCUGAAACAUCCUAUCUGCAGAGAUAUUAACAUCAACAGUCUUCAGUUCUAAAUCCUUUGUAGUGUUUUCUUACACGCAAGCAAUAAACAAAUAUCUGUUAGGUCCUUCGUAUAAGAAGACAAGUUCAACUAAACAGCUUAAAUCUGUCAGUGAGAUUCUGGUAAAGUUCAAUCUCCUCUUGAUCAUUCCUUGUCGGAUUUCAAGAGAUUGUCGCACAAGGUAUCAUGGCUUUCAUUGUUGUGCUUUUGCAGUUCUAUGUAAGAUAUAGGAAGGAAAAUAAAUUGUUGCCAUCUUUGACAAUUAAUUUUUUGCCUUGUCGAGGGAGGACCGUGCGUGUGACAUUACCCUGUCACGUGAGUACCACCUUUGAUUACUCGACGAAGGUAGAUUGACGUUAAUACCAUUUAUUUAAAAAAUAACUACAGCUUUAACCAGGCUUGAAGUGAAACAACACUUGAUAUGUUUUUUCCAGAGUUCGCUACAACGAAUGAAACUCGCUACCAAACAUGACAACCUUUUAAUCAUGUUGAUAAGGCAGGCGACCCUGCAAUUGGAAGUGUAAAUUGGCUACCGUAAAGAGCGGCCAAGCUUUAGGCCUUCGUCAUUGAACCAUUCGCUCUUAAGUUGGAUCCUCUCACUCUCAGAAAUGGCCAAAAUGGAACUUUUCCUUGAAUUAUCUUUUCAUUUUUAAGCGGAGGGCCGCUAAGGAGAAGCAGGGUUUUUACCUCUUACCAGAAAAAGCUCAUUCACUUGAACUAUAUACAAUACUGGAAAUAUUUAUGUUGUCUAGGAGGCUUAAAAUACUAACAUCACGUUUUUGGUGACCCAUGACCUUCCAGUCGUGAGGCGAAAAUAUCAAAUUACUCUGCUUGAUUCUCUCACGGAACUCCAAUCUGAUCCGAUGAAACACCUACCAAAAGACAAUUGAAAUGGUAGGAACUUCCAAUUUCUUGAUUUGUCUCGUGUAUUCGAAGACUAGAUUGAUCCAGCAUUGUCAUAAGAUACCACCAGGAGUGCUAACCCACCCCAGUCACCCUUCCCUCCCACCCCAGUCCCUGUCCCCUCCCAACCCAGUCUCCCUCCCCUACUCCUGCCUCCGCCUACUUCUUACUGAAAAGGUCACUCGUGAUUUUCAAGAUCAAAACAAUAGAUUCCUGCCUUUCUGAGAGUAUAGAUCAUUGUUUACGUCACGGUUCGUGUACUGGCAAGAUCGUAUAUGAAAUGCAAAAGUGAAACAACUGAAACUCCAAUAUCUGUUAUUCCCUUGACGCGCGCAGAACAUAUUCAGAUAUCUCGACAGAAUCUGUAAUUCAGACAAACAAUUGGGAAUCACGCCAUAAUUUCUUGGCUCUUGAGGAGGUAAAACAGCGGCUUUGCUUUGCUUCAGCUUUGCUUUGUUUCCAGAAUUAAUCAAUAUGAAUAUUUCCUCGGAAUACAGCGCGAAUACUUCAAUUGACUCCGCAGACGAUUGCGUUCUUCCGCAGACGCAUGGCGUGCUUCUUAUGAUAGUUAAUUCUAUAGCAGCCGUGGUCGGAACCUGUGGAAACAUUAUGGUUUGUAUUGCGGUGCUCACGAGCACUCGUCUUCGUCGCAGCUCCAACUUCCUUCUUCUCAGCCUGGCCAUUGCUGAUUUGGUAGUGACGAUGAUCUGCGAGCCUUUGGUAGCUGCUAUAGUCGCUAAGAGAGCGUUUUCCCAUGAUUGUGCAUCCAGCUUGGAGCUUGCUUACGUUAUCGGCUCAAACCUCUCGUGCUCUGCAUCAGUCAUGCACCUGGCAGCCAUCAGUGUGGACCGUUUCCUUGCCGUUGUCUACCCUCUUCGCCAUGGACGGAUCAUGAACGGUUCUGGUUUGAAGAUCAUGUUAGGAGUUGUCUGGGUCGUACCUAUCAUUUUCGCUUCAUGCCGCAUUCCAUUCCUUAAGGAGACAUCUUAUCUAGUCUUCGUGAUGUUUGUAAUAAGCUAUGGGUUGAUAAUUAUCUGCUACGCGACCAUCGUGACUUUUCUUGUCAAAGAAAAGCGAAGAAAAAAUAAACUCAGAGCACGACCCACAGUAGUUGUUAAUUCCAAAAUCGAGCGCCGCGUGGCGUCCACACUGGCAGUGGUAAUAGCUAUCUUCACCGCAUGUUGGCUGCCGAUGAUUGUCGUGUUCUUUGCUGCUGGUAAAUCCCUUGUUAAGAUGUAUGGCACUGCUUACAUGUGGAUCCGAUCCUUGGCACUUUCAAAUUCAGCCAUGAACUUCAUCAUCUACAGUGCAAGGAUUCGUGACUUCCGGGAUGCUUACGCUCUAAUAUGCCGAAAGACUCUCCAUUGCUCAUGA